UACUUGUUAGAUGAUUAAUAAUAAAAUGAUGUCACAAUCACAUGAAGGCUACAUUUUUCCUUCCACAGAUAGUCCAAACCAUACGUUUCAACCUUGUGCUGCACAUUAGUUCAAAUAUAAGAAGCAAACUCUUCAUUCAAAACCAGAUCACAACAUACAAUGGCUGCAGUGUUCUGGGCUUUGGCUUUAGUAAGCCUCUGCUGCCAGCUACCUUCCAAUGCCCAAGCACCUGCAUCUGUGCCGGCAAACUCGCCACCUACAACCCUAGCUGCAACAUCCCCGUCUUCUGGCACGCCACCGGCAGUAACACAGGCAGCAUCCCCUCCCACCACAAGUAAUCCACCAACUAUUUCCCAGCCACCUGCAAUUGUAGCUCCCAAACCUGCUCCAGUGACACCACCUGCUCCAAAAGUUGCACCAGCUUCAAGCCCAAAAGCACCAACACCCCAAACUCCACCACCACAACCACCAAAAGUAUCACCUGUCGCAGCUCCCACAUUGCCACCCCCACUACCUCCACCACCUGUUGCUACGCCACCGCCGUUGCCACCACCAAAGAUAGCUCCAACACCGGCCAAAACAUCCCCUGCACCUGCACCAGCAAAGGCAACACCAGCACCUGCUCCUGCACCUACAAAGCCGGCUCCAACACCAGCUCCCAUUCCUCCACCGCCAACACUGGCACCAACUCCAAUAGUAGAGGUACCAGCACCUGCGCCAUCGUCACAUAAGCAUAGAAGGCACAGGCACAGGCACAAGAGACAUCAAGCACCAGCUCCAGCACCAACAGUUAUUCACAAAAGUCCUCCGGCACCACCUGAUUCCACAGCAGAAUCAGACACAACACCAGCACCAUCACCAAGUCUGAAUUUGAAUGCUGCACCAUCAAACCACCAGCAAAGGAGUAUACAGGCAACGGCUGCACUUGCCAUCACUGUUUUGCUAGCCGUCACCAGCUACAGCUGCUAGCAGCCUCAUGGAGACCAUGGAUUCACUUUAAUGAGUUAUUUGGCUUGCAAAAUAUAUAAUCAUUUAAUGUGUAUAGAUCUGAAUCAUGAGAAUCUAUACCUAUGAUUCUUUUUUUUUUUUUUUAUUGUUGUUAUCUUUGCUCAGAAAUAUUAAUGGAUAUGAAUUUUUGAAUUAUGACAAUAAUCUGGAGAUGUUAAACAAAAUGUCUCUAGUUUUAUAAGUUAUUUCAUCAAACUUGAUCA